UCUAAAAAGAGGAAACAAACGCGCGGUGAAAUAGUGCUUUUAAGCGCGAAAGAUCAUCGUAUUUACAUCGUUCUGCUUCUUCUCGUGAUCAGCUCAAAAGUAAGAGGAAAAUGGCGUCAAGGCAAGAAGCUAAGGAAGAGAGGGCCAAGGAGGCGGCACGGAUUGCGGCCGCCGAGCUCAGGGACGUGAACCGGGACCAAGAGAGAUGGCGAGAGCACGAAGCAGCCGGAGGGAGUGUGACCACGUACGACACGACGGACCGGCCACAGCAGGAGAGGCCCGGCAUGAUCGGGUCUGUCCUGAGGGCAGUCCACGACACGUUAGAGCACGCCAAGGAGGUGGUUGUUGGCAAGAGCCACGACGCCGGUGAGAGCGCCCGUGAAGAUGCGGAAUACACAGCUGACAGGUCCCGCAAGGGCUACGACACCACCACGGGCAAAGCCAAGGAGUACAAGGACUACACGACUGAGAAGGCGAAGGACACCACCGACUCGGCAGCACAGAAGGUGAAGGAGAAGACCGGGGAGGCAGCUGAGAAGGCGGAGGAGACCAAGGAGUCGGCGAAGGGCAAGCUCGGCGAGUACAAGGACUACACUGCUCAAAAGGCCGAGGAGGCCAAGGAGAAGACGAAGCAGAAGGCCGGCGAGUACAACGACUACACAGCCCAGAAGGCCGAGGAAGCCAAAGAGAAGACAAAGGAGAAGGCAGGCGAGUACAAGGACUACACGGUGCAGAAGGCCGAGGAGGGGAAGGACAAGGCGAGGGAGACCAAGGACGCAGCCUUAGGGAAGGCAGGGGAGACCAAGGACUACACGGCGGAGAAGGCGAAGGAAGGGAAGGACACAACGGUGGGGAAGCUGGGCGAGCUGAAGGAGUCUGCAGCCGACACGGCGAGGCGGGCCAUGGAGAUGCUGUCCGGCAAGGAGGAGAAGACCAAGGAGACGACAUAUGUGACCCUUGAAUCUGCCAAGGAGAAACUGAGGGAGACAGAGGAGGAAGCGAGGAGGAAGACGGAAGAGUUGAGGGUGAAGGAGAGAGAGUACGAGGAUGACGCGGCACGCAGGGCCAGGGAGAAUAAGGAGGCUUGGGGCAAAGAGGAGAGAGGAGGGAUUUUGGGCGCGAUAGGGAGCGUGACGGGGGCAAUCAAGGAGAAGCUGACACAGCAGAGCGACGAGAAGGACGAGACGCCCAUGGCCGGCAGGAACGAAGGCAAGGAGCGGGACCAGGGGGCCCGGGCAGGGGUUGAGGCCAAGGUGGCGGAGGUGUACGACGAGGACACCCGGCCCGGGGCCAUAGCCACCACGCUGAAGGCGGCCGACGAUAUGAGCGGGCAGACUUUCAACGACGUCGGGCGCAUCAACGAGGAGGGGGUUGGGCGCAUCGUCAAGGACCGCCAUGGCAAGAUGUGACCCAAAUCUUUGGCACGUUACCCCUGUUGGCUUGUGGCUUUUCUCCUUUUGGGCUUCAUCCGGGAUUUUGCUGGGUUUAGUUGUAUGUUUAUGUGAUCAUAUACAUGAAAAUAAUCUUUGCCAAGUA